AUGUCGAGAUUGAUUAGGAACAUAGUGGAGACGGUGAUGUUUCCUGGAUGCGAGGCCGCCCAUGAAGCGGACGACCGCUAUUUCUUUUACUUGCCGGUAUUAAAGUUGGGUUUGUUGGUCCCCAUUUGGGUGCGUCCUGCAGCACACGGUUCGUUCGUCGUGAUCAUUUAUGCCCAUGGAAACGGCACAGACGUUGGCAUGUGCCGUAGGGAACUCGACCAGGUUUCCCGGUCGGCUGGCGUCCACAUCAUUGCUUUCGAGUACCCGGGGUAUGGCAAGUGCUCACCGUGUCAGAAUUACCGAAUCGAAGAAGCGGUGGAUAUCGUAGCGGAAUCGGUCCUGUGCUUCGUACUCAAGGAACUGUACUGGCCACUACAGAAUAUCGUCUUCUGGGGGUGCAGCAUAGGCAGUGGAAUCCUCACCAGGCUCGCCAAAAAAAUCGACGGCAGGAAACUCUCUUUCCAACUGGGAAAAAACAACCUAUGUCCUAGCAUCAAUGCUGCAAAUCAACGAACCUCCAGCGCUACCACUAAUUUCAGGACUAUCGACCGAUGCCGCUGCUUCGCCUGGGACCCCAUCGGUUAUAAUCGAUUCCCGCGCGACCUAGGCACCGACGAACCCGCCAAUAAAGGAGUUUGCUUCGAUAUUCAUCCAGGAGGAGAGAUUUAUCCAAAAAACUCCUUUUAUCAAGAAUUCACCGACGAUUUCGAAUUUCAAAUUUGCCGAUGCGUUAACAACCACGAAUGCCCCGCCAUGGGCCCGCAACUGGGCAGCUCUGGCGCACAACUCGGUGGCCUCAUCUUACAGUGUCCCCUGCUGUCCAUUAGGAGCGCCGCCUCCUCCUUCGUCGGCAACGUGAUGUCACGCGUCGUGAUUCCCGACACCAGCUAUAACAACGAGACCUCCUUAAAACGUGUGCACACACGUUUGCUAAUAAUUCACGGGAAGCAAGAUGAGAUGUUCGACUGGCAUGGAUCCCGGAAAAUGUUGCAAGAGUAUGCAGGGGGUGCGAAAAUGGGCGUUUUCCCUCCCGACUCCGACCACAAUAAUUUUGACCUGAGUCGGGACAUAAUUGGACCGAUCAUUCAUUUCCUCAAGUUCUACGUGGUACCGCAAUGCCACAGAGUCUCGCUGCCCACUAACUCGUCGGAUCGUUCGUAUAUACUGUAUACUCACCCGUUCAUUGAGGCAGGUCCGCCGUUUCCCCUUGAUAUCAUGAAGCAGUACAGGCCAGAUAUCAGCGAUGCGUGUGCUUUGCGCUACAUUAACGGGAAUGCGCUGACGCUCAAUGUGCCAGACGUGGGAGAGCACGCGAGCGAAGUGAGUGCAGCUGCCGUGGCCACUGGUGCCGCAGAUACGAAUGCUGAUGCCCCCACGUUCACAAGGUUCAGAAGGCGGUUAAGGGGAGAACCAUUUCUGCCGGCGUAUUUGUAUAAUUCGAGGAAAGUGACGGACCAGCUACCGUGCACAAAACCGUUCCUGUGGCCGGAGCGCCUUGAAACGUACAUCUGGGUGGCUUAUUCCAAACCCGUCAGACUCAGAGGGACCAUGGCCGUCGAGCCGUACGACUACCUGAACAGCACCUUCAACCAAGACGGCAAUAAAGUCCCCACUGUGCAUAACGUGUACGAAGUAGUCGGACACCACGACAUGGAGUACCGACAUGACUUCGUUGUCCGCGUGAGCGAGCACAGCAUCCGAGGCGCACUGCGACCGGACACAUGGCCGGCCACCACGCACGGAAACAUCGGCAAAUGCUGGCACCUCGUCUCCCGGUCCUGCGACGCCCAAGAAGAGGACGCAGGCGACAUCAAGCGCCUCAACUACUUCCAAGACAGACUCGUGUACAACGGCGCGUUCCGCGGAGAACUUCGACAAGGCUUCCUCAACACCCUCUUCGAACUCUUCGUCAGUCCCAAGACUAACAGACUCUCCGACUUCAUCACGUGCCAUCAGGACAUCUCGCACUGCUUCGUCCACAACAAAAUCCGGGUUGUCGGCAGCGUAGCCCACUACAUCCACAAACAACGCAGGAAACUCUUCAGAGACGAGGAACGCUCCGGCAACGGCAACCGAGCGGCAGGCACCAACAUAACCCGGUCAGGCAAGUUCUCCAAAAUAGGACACGUCACCACGUCGGCCCUCAGACACCUCGUUCUCACUGCGGCGCUCCCCUGCGUCUACCUGGUCUUCCGGCAAAACACUCCGGCAAUGACCGAUCCGUCAAUGGCCGACCCGACAAUGGCCCCUGUCCAGGUCGCUGAGGAUGGAGUGUUGAAGGAGGAGGCGUUGUUGGCCAUGUGCAUUUCCGGCGACGUGGAGCUGGAGUCCAAGCUGUCUGGCAUCCGUGGUCCAGAGACAGGCCAAAGCGGUCAGAGGACCUUGCAGACUAGCGGAUACAACGUUUACGGAGUGUUCAUAAACGGUUUUUUGCUGACUUGCCAGCGCCAGUACGUGGAUGUCUCUUCGGGAAAAGUGUCCAGUGCCGGCGCCGGGGCGGCGCCUCUGACCAUAGUGGACGCGACGUACAUUCCGAACGGCACGGCGGUCUUCAGUGACCGGGUGGAGACGAACUUUGGGUUGUGCGAAACCUUGUGCGAUCUCUUUCCGUUUCCAGAGUACAUGCUCGUUCCGGUAUUUCAACAGGCCGUGGAGGCGCGAGUACGCACGGCAUUGGCCGGAGACUUGGUGAAGACGUUCUUAGAUUUCGAACUCGGAGCCGGCGACAACUUGGGCGACUGCCCCGCAGCGGCCGCGGGCGACAGCGGUAGCGGCGGCGGCAGUGCAACGGACAGCAGCAUGGUGGCGGGUCUGUUGGGCGGUGGGUACAGACCCACGGAGUCCCGACCUCACUCCAAGUUUGAAGCGUAUUUAUGUCGAAAGGCGCUGUGGUCGAAUCGCUUUAUGAACACCAUUGAUUGCUGCAUAACUUCCUCCUGGUCAUCCGAUAUAUGGUAUCCGUUCAUGUCCUUAUCCGUUUCAGAUGGAACGCGCGGUAAUUCGAGGACUGGCAAGUUGGUUGCGGAUCUAGACCCCUUGGUAGGUAACAAUAUUCUCAAAAUUGGACUUGUCGGGUCUGUCGUUCGGGAUAUUUAUGACUUAAUCGGAAGACUCUUCGCUUUGUGCCCUCCCAUGAUUUGGCUAUUUCCAAUGGCCAUGGUCCCAGGCCACCACGAGAAAACCAUCAAUAUGUUGUUUGAAGCCUUGUAUCACGUUCCGAAGUACACCAUUCCCCGGAGAGUGCCUCAAAAUCGAGCUGAGUUUCAGAUUUUGACAGCGCAACUAUUCAAAUUGGAGCGAGACACACACGUGUGCAAAAUAUUAUCCAAAUGCAGUAAUCAGAGAUCCGUACCAGAAGAUGUCUUCUAUAAUCUUCUGGCCCAAUUCGCGGUGAAAAAAAAGCUGUUUGCCAAAUGUAUACAGCGUCAAGUAGAGAUGGAGGAGCGGACGGAUCAGCGGAAUACGGCAGCCGAGCUGGGUGUUGCUGACGUUGACUUGGCUUGGUAUAUGUUUCACCGGGUGGUGCUGUGGGGUGCAAUGGGGGAUGGGAAUGAAUACAUCACGUCGCCCAAGUUCCCCAAGUGUGAGUUUGUGAGUGAUAAAAGGACGAAUUAUUUGGUGAAGAUCCCGAGUGCAAAUAUAAAGGCCCAUAACCCGAUUGAAGGUCGUUUGGACCCUGUCGUGUAUGAACCAAUUCGUUUCGAAGAUCAGAAUUACUUGCGGCACCCGUUGUACACUUUUAGCUUGGAAUUUGGCCACCCCGAUAUGGAUUUGGAUUUGGAUGUUGGUGAUGGCAACAUGGUUCCUGUGAAGUUUCCGUUUACUAUGGACCGGGACAAGCUAGUUCGCUGUCUGCUCCGGGCCUUGGUAGACCCAAGUAGUCUGGAGAUGUAUUUUGGCCCGUUAGAUGCUCCGGCCGUGUCUACAUCCGCCGUGAAGUGGAUGACGAAACUAACAGAGGCGGAGGUCCAAAAGAUCGCCGAUUAUGACCAGAAUGGCGCUGCGGGGGUUCCGUCGGACACAGUGGAGGAGGACUCGGCCAAGAGACAGUGGAAGAAUGCUGUGGAAUGUGGUCUCACACGACGGCUGCCGAUUCGACGACGGCCGGACGAGAGUAACACGGCCCAUGACUUUGCGGCCAAGGACGUUGCGGCCAAGGAUGUUGCGGCCAAGGACGUUGCGGCCAAGGACGUUGCGGCCAAGGACGUUGCGACUGCGACAGAGGACGGUGUAGAGACAGCGGAGGCGUAUAUGUGUGCGCUGUGGUAUCCGCACAGCCCGGUGGGAUACGAGGGCCUGGAAGGGAAGUACACGGGCAUUUUGGAUGCGAUACCGAGUUCUUU